CUGACGUAACAACAUGGCCACCCACACGUCCCUUGUUGACUGGGAGCCUGCUUGCUAAAUGAUGUUAAAUAAGACAGUGGCAUAAAAUGAUUCGAUCGGGAUUUUAUCAAUCCCAGAUCACAAAUAUGUAUUGUACACACAAAGCGUUUGAAAAACGAGUUCAGUAGCGAACGAUAUUGAACGUGUAGAUGGGUAACCAACCCUCGAGCUAGCUAUGCUAGCUGGGCACAAACAUAAACAUUCCUUUAAGGCUAGCUAGCUUCGAAAUUGAAAGAUUCAUUUAUUGUGGGAAGAUGUUGGGUUUUCUAACAGCAAGACAGGCUGGACUUGACGACCCACUUCGUCUGAGACGGGCAGAGUCAACACGGAGGGUCCUCAAUUUAGAGCUGAAUCAUGACAGAGAUGUGGAUCGAAUCCAUAGCAACGGCGUAAACACCAUAGACAUUGAAGUCAUUGAGGGCAGAUACAUGCUAUCUGGAGGGGCAGAUGGGGUGAUUGUGGUGUAUGACCUGGAGAACAACAGCAGGAAACCCCAAUACACCUGUAAAGCAGUCUGCACUGUAGGCAGGUCCAGUCGGUAUGUCCACAGGUUCAGUGUAGAGACAGUGCAGUGGUACCCACAUGACACAGGCAUGUUUGUCUCCAGCUCUUUUGACAAAACCAUGAAGGUCUGGGACACUGAGACACUAAAGCCCGCUGAAGUGUUCCAGUUUGAAGGAAACGUCUACUGUCACCACAUGUCCCCCAUUGCCAGGAAACACAGCCUCAUCGCAGUGGGUACCAAAGACCAGAAAGUACAGCUCUGUGACCUGAAGUCUGGCUCACGCAUCCAGGUUUUGCAGGGUCACAGAGGUGAGGUCCUAUCUGUUCGAUGGUCGCCAAGAUAUGAGCACAUUUUAGCUACAGCCAGUACUGACAGCAGGGUGUUGGUGUGGGAUGUGCGUCGGGCCUCAGGGAGCCUGUUCUCUCUGGAUCAACACAACGGGGACAAGUCCAAGGCCUCGUCAGAGGCAGUGAACACAGCCCAUAAUGGAAGGGUAAAUGGCCUCUGCUUCACGGUUGACGGCCUCUACCUUCUCACCACGGGAACAGACGACCGCAUGAGGCUGUGGAACAGUGCCAAUGGAAAAAACACACUGGUGAAUUAUGGGAAGGUGAGUAACGAUAGCCGUAAGGGGUUAAAGAUCACGGUGUCUCGUAGCUGCAGCCCGGAGUUUGUGUUUGUACCUUGUGGCAGCUCAGUGGCGGUGUACACUCUACACACCGGGGAACUCGUAACCAUGCUAAGGGGACACUACAACAACGUGGACUGCUGCCAGUUCCACCCCGACUACCAGGAGCUGUACAGCGGGGGUAAAGACUGUAACAUCCUAGCCUGGGUUCCUGUUGUACGACCACCAGACGUGGAAGAAGAAGGGACAGCCGCCAAGAUCUCCUCUAGAGCAGUGAUGUUUUGGGGCUGUUGCUGGGCAACACGGACCAAAUAUUUUCUAUGGGGUUGAGAUCUGGAGACUGGCUAGGCCACUCCAGGACCUUGAAAUGCUUCUUACGAAGCCACUCCUUCGUUGCCCGGGCGGUGUGUUUGGGAUCAUUGUCAUGCUGAAAGACCCAGCCACGUUUCAUCUUCAAUGCCCUUGCUGAUGGAAGGAGGUUUUCACUCAAAAUCUCACGAUACAUGGCCCCAUUCAUUCUUUCCUUUACACCAGUGGUCACCAAACUCCGGCCCGCGGGCCGGAUACGGCCCGUCAGCACAUUUGGCCCGGCCCUCUGAACAAUACCAGAGAUGCUAUCGAAUUUUUUUCCUAUUUGGCCUCCAGAAAAAAAAUCCUAGGCCCGGCCCUGUCAAAGAGAGAACAGAAUAAUGGCGAAAAGGUUAGGUAAGAGAAAAAUUGAUUCAGAAUGCAGGGUAUUUAACCUGCAGUGGACAAACAAUUUUUUUUGUUCAAUGCAAAGAAAAGGCUGUUUGUCUCAUCUGUCAAGAGACGGUGGCGGUAUUCAAAGAAUACAAUCUUCGCCGACACUAUGAAUCCCGUCACAAAGACAAGUACGAUAGCUUGCAAGGCCAAAUACGAGCAGACAAACUCUCAAAGCUAAAAAGUGGACUACUAUCUCAGCAGAAUACAUUUGUACGCCAAGCUCAGCUGAACCAGGCAUCCGUUCGGGCCAGCUUUCGGGUUGCUAAACUGAUAGCAAGAAGCGGUAAGCCUUUCACUGACGGAGAGUUUGUUAAGAAAUGUAUGGAUGCUGUCGCGGAGGAGGUGUGUCCCGAGAAGAAAGAUGCAUUUAAUGCCGUAAGUCUGUCGGCGAGUACAAUCACCAGACGCGUUGAAGAAAUCGGGAGUAAUGUAUAUGCCCAGCUGCAGCAGAAGACGAAAGAAUUUGACUUUUUUCAUUAGCACUGGAUGAGAGCACGGACGUGCAAGACACAGCGCAACUGCUCAUUUUUAUUCGUGGAGUUAGCGCAAACUUUGAGAUAUGCGAGGAGCUGGCAGCCCCCAAAGUCUCAAAGGGACUACAACGGAGAGGAUAUUUUUGACAAAGUGUGCCAAACCAUGGAGAAGUUGGACCUGGACUGGUCAAAGCUAGCUAGCAUCACGACUGACGGGGCUCCUAGCAUGGUGGGCGAAACUCGCGGUCUAAUAGGACGCAUGAACCGGGAGUUGGAAAAAAGGGGUCUCACCGCCCCGCUACGAGUCCACUGCCUAAUUCACCAGCAAGCACUGUGCUGCAAAGUGUUGAAGUGGGAUUCUGUAAUGAAGGUUGUGGUGUCGUGCAUAAACUUCAUCAGAGCAAAGGGACUUAAACACAGGCAGUUCCAAGAAUUCCUGUCUGAACUGGAGUCUACGCACGGAGAUGUGCUGUACUACACAGAGGUCCGAUGGCUGAGCCGGGGCAGAGUUUUGAGGCGUUUUUACGAGCUGCUACCCGAAAUUAACGCAUUUCUUCAUUUAAAAGACAAAACGGUCCCAGAGCUGAUCGACCCAGAAUGGAAAUGGCACCUCGCAUUUUUAACAGACGUGACAGAAAUACUUAACAGCCUUAACUUGCAGCUACAAGGCGAGGGGAAACUCAUUUGCGACAUGUAUUCACACAUAAAAGCAUUUGAGGUGAAAUUAGCGCUGCUUUUGGAACAAGUGAAAAGCGCAACUUCGUCCAUCUUCCUGCUACCCAAAACCUGUCGACAGAGAACCCAGCGGUCCCGUUCCCAGCUGAAAAGUGCGUGGAAGCACUGGAAAUGCUGAAGGCGGAGUUCGGUGUGCGAUUCAGUGAACUACAUGUUCAUGCAAAAGAAAUCCGUCUUUUUCAGAACCCCUUUGUUGCCGACAUUGAUGAAGCCAAGCCUUCAUAUCAGUUUGAGUUGGCUGAGUUACAGAACUGUGAUGUUCUGAAAGACGCAUUCAAGCCCAACAGUCUCAUUGACUUCUAUGCCGCCCUCCCAAACGACACAUAUCCAAACAUCAAAAAACACGCAAUGAAAAUGUCCACAGUUUUUGGCAGCACGUAUAUCUGCGAGAAAACCUUUUCUCGCAUGAAACUGCUGAAAACCCCGAUCAGAUCAAGAUUGACAGAUGAACAUUUGCAUCAGUGCUUGAGACUGGCUGUAACUAGAAUGGAACCUGAUAUUCAACUUCUCACCAGCCAGAUGCAGGCCCACAGUUCACACUGAUGAACAUACAUAGGUAAGCUCACUUUUCUGACUUGAAUGAGUCAUUCUGAGCAUAAACAAAUAUAAUCAUAAUAAAAUCUACUGGGAUAAAAUCCAUCUUUACAACCAUACUGGUAGUGAAAUGUAUUGUGCUGUUUAGGUGCUGUAUCACUUAGUUCAGUUUCUCAACCUGCUUCUUUUGUGGUUUUCACAGGGAAGUUGAUGAGAGAGAGCUGCAAACAGCGGUGUCUACAAGCCUACUGGAACCUACAAAAGGAUUAUAAGGAAGGAACACAAGAACUUUAAGAGACUGCUCAUAUGUGUCAGAGAGAUUCUGCUCUGACAACUGAGCUGAACUUUUAUCUGUUAAGAUUGUGCAUGGCACGACAGAAAGUUAAUGUUCCAUGGCUUUUUUUUCUAUGAAGAACCCAGAGAGAGUUAUUUAGUUAUUAUUUAUUUCCUGUUUUUUCUAUGAAGAACCCAGAGAGGGUUAUUUAGUUAUUAUUUAUUUCAUUAAUAGUGUUAUUAUUUGUUUCCUGACUUUUUUUCUGUAAAGAACCUGGAAAGGGUUAUUUGGUUAUGUGUGGCUUUCUGGAAAACAAUAAAUUUUUUAAGCUCCA